CGUGGAGCGUCACGCGGUACGUCAGUUUGAUGAGUGUUUUGAAAGAAGGAGGCUGGCGAGCAAGCUAGCUGUCGGGAUUACACUUCGGCGAAGAAAGACUCCAGUUUGGUAGCUAUGCUUGUAUAUUCUUGCCACAUCAGUCAAGCCCGGUCAUCUCGAGUGGAGGCACAACGGAGGAAAAUGAGCCUGCUUGGUGCCAUUGGGGGCUGCGACCGCUCACGUGACCGCCGCCGCUCUAGCGAUCGCUCCAGGGAUUCCUCGCAUGAGAGAGAGGGGCAGCUUACCCCUUGCAUUCGCAACCUCACCUCACCAACCCGCCAAAACAACAUAGACCGUGACCGUGAUGGCGGUCCAUCAUCAAGGCCCAGCAGUCCUCGACCACAAAGAGUUUCUCCCAGCGGCUCCAGCAGCAGCGGAGUGGUUAGCAGCCGCAACAGCAGCCUGUCCAGCACUGAAGGAACGUUCAAAAGUUUGGCUGUCGGAGAUAUGGUUUUUGUGUACGAGAACUCAAAGGAAGGCACAGCCGGUGCCAAUGUCUGCAACCGAAACAUCCGGACGUCAGAGAGAGUUACGCUAAUCGUUGACAACACACGCUUUGUGGUCGACCCCUCCAUUUUCACUGCACAGCCUAAUACAAUGUUGGGCAGGAUGUUUGGAUCGGGACGAGAGCAUAAUUUCACACGGCCCAAUGAGAAGGGAGAGUUUGAAGUUGCUGAAGGAAUUAGCUCAACAGUUUUCCGAGCAAUUCUGGAUUAUUACAAAUCAGGCAUCAUUCGUUGUCCUGAUGGAAUCUCUAUUCCUGAGUUGCGGGAGGCGUGUGACUAUCUAUGCAUCUCUUUUGACUACAGCACCAUCAAAUGCAGAGACCUCAGUGCUCUCAUGCACGAGCUCUCCAAUGAUGGCGCUCGGCAACAGUUUGAAUUUUACCUUGAAGAAAUGGUUCUACCUCUGAUGGUGGCGAGCGCCCAGAGCGGCGAGAGAGAGUGUCACAUCGUCGUCCUCACCGACGACGACGUAGUGGACUGGGAUGAAGAAUACCCCCCACAGAUGGGAGAGGAGUACUCUCAAAUCAUCUACAGUACAAAGCUCUACAGAUUCUUCAAGUACAUCGAGAAUAGAGAUGUAGCCAAAUCGGUGUUGAAGGAAAGGGGAUUGAAGAAAAUAAGGCUGGGCAUUGAAGGUUACCCCACAUAUAAAGAGAAGGUGAAGAAACGCCCAGGAGGUCGCCCGGAGGUCAUUUACAACUACGUCCAGAGGCCCUUCAUCCGCAUGUCGUGGGAGAAGGAGGAGGGCAAGAGCCGCCAUGUGGACUUCCAGUGUGUCAAAUCCAAAUCCAUCACCAACCUGGCAGCGGCAGCAGCAGACAUCCCCCAGGACCAGCUGGUGGUCAUGCACCCGGGACCCCAGGUGGACGAACUGGACAUCCUGCCCAACCACCCACCCAGCGGGAACCAUUACAGCAACAACUACAGUAACGAGCCUGACCUCGAUGGACCGUCGCCCGCCGUCUGAGGAGGACCCGUCGGCCAGGACACCUCCGCCCCACUCCUGUCCUUCUUGUCCGACUCCCAGCAUGCUGCAGCAUGGAGUGCUAAGGGGCACCAUAACCAUAUUGCCUUGACACCUCCUUCGCAGCCUUAGAGAGUCAAGAAGCUGGUGGACCGUGAGACAUAAGACUGCUCAAAGGAAGAGGUCACUUUAAUUUGAUUUAAUUUGUUUUUUUACUUGACCAAAGCAUUUUUUUUUUUUUUUUGGAAUAUAGUCAGCAAACACAUUAUUAUCACUAUUAUUAUUAUUAUUGUUGUUGUUAUUAUUGACGAUGUUGCAUCCUAAUUUGUCAGGUUUGGCUGAGCACUCUUGUCGUAUGUUUCCUCACAGAUUUUCUUUCAUCAAUCAUUUCUUUCUAGACUUUAGACUUUCCUGGGUGUCUUAAACUACUUGGUGUGCUUUUAGGAGGGUAGAAGACAGCUCAUGGAGAAAAUCAUCACGUCUCACCUCUGUAGUGUCAGGAUCUCCACGUGUUCUCUUACGUCAUUGGCUGGAUGUGAUAUGUGAUGUUACGCUCCUACCGCAGACAGAAUAUUACAGCAGAGCACAGGCUGUUGUGCGCUCUCAAUCUUUUUGUGCAAAGCUUGACAAAUGUUCAAUAAAGAUGUCCAAAAGUA